CGCCCCCCGCCCGGCGGAAGUGACGUGGGCCGUGCGCCCUGGGCGUGAUGGAGCAGCAGCAGCAGCAGCAGCUGAGAAACUUGCGAGACUUCCUGUUGGUCUACAAUCGGAUGACAGAACUGUGCUUCCAGCGCUGUGUGCCCAGCCUGCACCACCGAGCUCUGGACGCUGAGGAGGAGGCCUGCCUGCACAGCUGUGCUGGGAAACUCAUUCAUUCGAACCACCGCCUCAUGGCCGCUUACGUGCACCUCAUGCCCGCCCUGGUCCAGCGCCGCAUCGCGGACUACGAGGCUGCCUCGGCCGAGCCAGGUGUUCCUGCAGAACAGACCAGAGACUCGCCAUCAGGCAGCUAGCCGUCCCUGGCCCCAGGAGAGAAGGUGGUUUUGCUGUGGGCCCAUUGGCCUUCAACUUGUGAUCUUCCUGUCUCAGUCUCCUAGGUACUGGAAUUACAGACAUGGGCUACAACUGGCUGCUAGAUAAUUUUUUAGGCAUAUAACAAUUGCUGACCGGGAGCUUCCCUAAAGAGUGACCUGUCUGCAUGAUUAGUUUCACUCCUUGAGAAGUACAAACAUGAAUAGAACAGCUCGUGAACUUCUUAAUUCCCCAAACCAGGAAAGUGGAGACCCAGGAUAUGGUGUGGCUGCUAAGACAGCUCUACAUCAGCAUCUGUAUGUAUCCUUUCAAUAAACAUGUGGUAUGAGUU